AAUUUAAGCAUCAAAUAAACAUUGAUUGGAAAAAUUUCGCAAAAUUUGGCAGUCCCUCUGAGUUAGUGAAAGGUAAACCAAAGUGAUGGCAUACUACGGACAGCAGCAACAGGGAUAUCAAGGGAACCCACAACAGGCAUCCCCGGGAGUUGAUCCUAAUUUCCUCUGGGGCGUUUUCCAAAGGAUAGAUAAAGAUAGAAGCGGUGAAAUAUCGGCUUCAGAACUUCAGCAAGCUCUAUCAAAUGGUUCCUGGACUCCCUUUAAUCCAGAAACUGUCAGACUGAUGAUAGGAAUGUUUGACAGAGACAACAGUGGAUCAAUAAAUUUUCAGGAAUUCUCCUCCCUUUGGAAAUAUGUCACAGACUGGCAGAACACAUUCAGGAGUUAUGACAGAGAUAAUUCUGGUUCAAUUGAUAGAAAUGAACUGAAGAAUGCUCUCACAAGCUUUGGUUACAGGCUAUCGGAUAAGUUCUAUGAAAUCUUAAUCAGGAAAUUUGACAGACAAGGCCGAGGGACUGUGGCAUUUGAUGACUUCAUCCAGUGCUGUGUGGUUCUACAGACCUUGACCAAUGCCUUCCGAUUCUAUGACACAGAUCAAGAUGGAUGGAUUCAGAUUGGAUAUGAACAGUUCCUGAUGCUUGUGUUCAACCUUAGAUCAUGAUCAGCCUGGAGCUGAAACCCUCCCUGUGUAUACUAACUAAUAAUAUAGCUUUUUUCAAUGUUAUACAUUGUACAUUUAUUUAAAUUACCAGCAAUAACUCUACUUCAAAUUUUUAUAAAGAUUCCCAGUGGCUUUGAAAUGUGCUUUAAAUACAUUCUAUGAAUUAAUCUUUGCUGAUCUGGGAAGAACUUAAGAAAUUUAACAUUCUUGUAAACUGCAUAUCAUGUGUGAAACAGCUUUAUUUGUGAAAGAGUUUUAUAUUUGCUUCUGUGGAACAGAUUUUUUUUAUCACAAUAAGGGUACAGUUAUUCCAGUUUACUUGUUAAUCAUAUUUAACCAUAUAGAUUUUCUGUCACAAAGUAGGUAAAGCAUUAUGUGCUUUUACAAGCCAAGUGGAAAUUUUUACUGCUGGAACUUCAGUUUUCUAUAUAAAUUUUGAACUUCACUUUAAUGUUACAAUAUUCAAUAUUGACUGACUUUUGUAUGCAAGGAAUAUUUAACCUAUUUAAAUUGAUUUUUUUUAUUACAAGGUAUAAUAUUGUCUCAAGUUUUUAUUAUGGUUAUUCCUCCUUACAAUAAUCAGAGCCUCUAGAGGCUAAUUUUUCUCCUUGAACAACAAUUAACUGAAACACUUUAGAAGGUGGUGCUGCGAUGACUUUGAAAAUUAUAUAGAAUCGCGAUUGUCUUAAUCAUUUC